ACACUUCCCAGAAUCCUUUGGGGGCGUGGUGGCAGCAGCUGUGAGCGCUGGCUGACUCUCCCCCAGCAAAGUGAUGACAACACGGCGGAGCAGGAGCUCACAGACGGAGUUCAGCGUUCCUCGUGCUCGUCGGCAGGUGAUGCGCUCGCGCGCGGAGAGGCAGGAUGGCUGUUGAAGCUGAGCGUCUGUCUGUGUGGGAAGAAGAGCGCGUGACCGUGGAAUGAAUGGCGUGCGCUCAUCCUCAGAGCAGACGGCAGCAGGUGGGACACGUGGACUCCACCCGUGAUCCCUGAACUGCGUGGGAAAACAGUGAGGCGGCAUGCUCGGCCGGUCUCCACACCUGAUCGGUGGAAUCUCAUGGAUCCAGAACCCGAUGAGAGCGGUUCACCCCAGCCUGAGCCAGAAUGGCAUCAACCAUCUGAUACGUCAGGAAGACAUGACGUCUCACCUGGAGGAGGUGGAGGAGUCUGUGGACGUCGAACCCGUGCUGCGGGACGACAACAGCCCGGGCUUCCGGGACAUCAGCCCCUCCGUGUACCGCCGGCGCUCCCCGCCGCACCGCUCCGUCUCUGAGUCGGAGCUCACCAGAUCGGGGUACGUGAAGCUGUCCAAACCGGUGGCCCUCUGGACCCAACAAGAUGUGUGUAAAUGGCUGAAGAAACACUGUCCCAACCAGCACCAGAUCUACAGCGACUCCUUCAAGCAGCACGACAUUACAGGGCGGGCCCUGAUGAGACUGACGGACAGAAAGCUGGAGAGAAUGGGCAUCAUCCAGGAGGCCCAGAGGCAGCACAUCCUGCAGCAAGUCCUGCAGCUUCGCGUUCGGGAGGAAGUCAGGACUCUGCAGCUCCUCACUCAAGCUUCCCUAGAGUGCACUCCGUCUUCUCCGUGAGCGAUGGAGGGAGGUGCGGGACUCUAGCAACCCUUCCACCUUCCAUGCAGAUUUCCUUCUGGACCAAUUAUGUCUUCGAGUCGCACUUUGGGUUUGUGCCCUGAACUUCAGCAGAGACUUAUCUGGAAACCAAACCGACCUUCGUCCUGAAAAUCUCCCCAACCCGCUGCUUCCUCACAGCUCUCCAAUAGUUUCUGUAUCUGCAGCUAUAAGUCUGACCUUUGGUGCCAAACUAUGUCACCUCCUGCACUUUCCUCAAGCAACAAUUGGCUCAAUCAAAACCAAAUAGGGUUUCCUUUGGAUCAUCUGAGAGAAAUCUUCUGGAUCGCCGCUAAAGAACCCUAACCCAGAGCACCUUUAUGAGUGACACCAACAUUCUCAUCCAUCUGUAACUCAAGCUUCGUCUACUGGUCAGUCAGUGGUGUGUUGGCCUCUUCUAGUAGCCCUUUAACGCGUGUUUUUUCCAAAGCUUCAGACUCCAUCUCCUCCUGAUAAGACUGUUUUCCCUCAUCACAAUCAGGUGACACAUAUUGCACCAAAGCCGUGUGUUUGUGCUCCUUCUUCCUGUUCUCUGAGAGUAGACUGUGUGAAACAACCCCUGUGACGUCUCUGAUUCUCUUCCAGCUCCCACAUAUGUGUGAGUUUGCUUUUUGUGCUGUUAAAAUCAUGGAAAUACCACCUCAAAGUAUGUAAAAGGGGGAGGAAAGUCUGAUUUCAACUGGUCCGUCUACGCUGGGUCUUCGUCGCAUUGACACAAAAAAUAGAACGUUCAUUAAUCAGUCGGAAUGUUUACAUCACCUCGUCGGACGUCCGUCUCUUCGCAACGGAAGCUUUUCGUGGCAAAAAGUCAGAGAAACGGGAAACAAGUCAGAGUUUCAAAAAUAAAAGCUUCUGUUGCAAUUAAAAAACUUUCUUACUAAGAUGAUUUUUCUUGCAACACAGAAAAAUCGACAAUUUUUCUUGAAGCAAGGGUCCUCUUCUUUCUUAAGAUUCAGUCUUUGCAGUGUGAUUGCCAUAGUUUUAAAUAAACUACUAAACAAGGGGGUGGCAGGGCAAACCACUCCUCCAGAAAGCAAUCUGGGAGGGGGGACAGACCAGAGACGCAACAGAGACGAUGUAAUCUAACGGACGGUCAUAAGACGGACUUCCCACACAACUCAAGGGAGACGGACCAGUUUAAAUCCAGCAUAAGUGGAGAAGAAAGACCACAAAGACGGAGAACACUAGCGAGGUUUCACCCUCCAACAGACGCUUCGAUGUGAUCUCCAUAAUCUAAUGUGACACAGAAAGACUUGGCCACCUCUACUUGAAACCAUCUUUAGAGGCUUCACCGAGACAUUUUGAUCUGAAGUUCUUCAUCCAGACCAGAUGUUGACCAUCCAUCAAAUCAGGAAGAUGACGCGUAGACUGUCGAGCGUGUUGAGAAAAAUAGUGUAAAUGUGAAUAAUGGCCAGUCACUGUUGAUGAUAUAGACCUCUGAACUGCACUUAAAGCACACCUGUCUGUAAAGAACCUUCAUCUUCACAUCUCUACGUCUUGUGAUGUAAAUAAUCAUCAGACCUGUAGCGGCUGUUCCGUUUCUCAUGUCACCCACUUAUUUAAUGGAGAGAUAUUUAUCAAAAAGCUCUA